AUGGCGGUCCCGAAUUCGUACUUUGUCCCAGGCUAUGGCAUCUCGAGGGCAGUGAUCCAGAAUGAGAUCCGCUAUCACUGCGGACCUGACGCCAUAGUGCGACCGUACACUUUUCAGGCAAGUGUGCAUGUCAAUGGCAAGAGGGAGCUGUCGAGGCUGACAAUCUGGAUAGGGUCGAGAUGGGUUUCUGAUUACGACCAUUGGUCCUCCCUUGACCAAGGCACAAAUCGACGACCUGAAGCUCUCGUCGCGCGAGUAUGA